GACACUCAGGGAGGCGGGGCCUGAAGGCCGCGGGGGUAAUCGGGGAUCCCCUGCUAUGGCCGGCGUCUUCGACAUCGACCUGGAAACGGAGGAGGGGAGCGACGGGGAGGAGCCUGAACUGGGGGCCUUGGAGGUGGACCCAGAUCUUCGCCACACAGGCUCUGAACUGGUGCCUGGUCAUUAUGAGGAAAUUGAAAUCUCUGAGAGUAUUGUCAACAAUGGCCCGGAACGCAUUGGGCCCCACUGCUUUGAAUUGCUACGUGUUUUGGGCAAGGGUGGCUAUGGCAAGGUAUUCCAGGUACGGAAGGUGCAGGGCACAAAUGCUGGGAAAAUAUUUGCCAUGAAAGUCCUAAAGAAGGCCAAGAUUGCCUGUAAUGCCAAGGACACAGCCCACACAAGGGCAGAGAGAAAUAUCUUGGAGGCCAUCAAGCACCCCUUCAUUGUGGACCUCAUCUAUGCCUUCCAAACUGGUGGUAAACUCUACCUCAUCCUGGAAUGUCUCAGUGGUGGGGAGCUUUUCAUGCAGCUGGAGCGAGAAGGCAUCUUCCUGGAGGACACAGCCUGUUUCUAUCUGAGUGAGAUCACUCUGGCCCUUGGUCACCUGCACUCUAGUGGCAUCAUCUACCGGGAUCUCAAGCCUGAGAACAUCAUGCUAAACAGCCAGGGGCACAUUAAGCUGACGGACUUUGGCCUCUGUAAGGAGUCCAUCCACGACGGCGCUGUCACCCACACCUUUUGUGGCACCAUAGAAUACAUGGCCCCAGAGAUAUUGCUGCGCAGCGGCCACAACCGAGCAGUGGAUUGGUGGAGCCUCGGUGCUCUGAUGUAUGACAUGCUCACUGGAUCGCCGCCAUUUACAGCCGAAAACCGCAAAAAGACCAUGGACAAGAUCCUGAAAGGGAAGUUGGCGCUUCCACCCUACUUGACCCCCGAUGCCCGUGACCUGAUCAAGAAGUUCCUCAAAAGGCACGCCAGCCAGAGGAUCGGGGGCGGGCCAGGCGAUGCUGCAGAUGUACAGAGACACCCAUUUUUCCGACACAUUAACUGGGAUGACUUGCUGGCUAGGAGAGUUGACCCACCCUUCCGGCCAUCACUGCAAUCCGAAGACGAUGUCAGCCAGUUUGACACCCGCUUCACCCGGCAGACCCCCGUGGAUAGUCCUGAUGAUGGCUUCCUCAGCGAGAGCGCCAACCAGGCCUUCUUGGGAUUCACCUACGUAGCCCCAUCAGUGUUGGAGAGCAUCAAGGAAGGCUUUUCCUUCCAGCCCAAGCUGCGAUCUCCCCGCCGUCUCAACAGCAGCCCCCGCACCCCUGUCAGCCCAUUGAAAUUCUCACCCUUUGAAGCCUUCAAGCCAAGCACAAGCACGGAACAGAUGGAGCUGUCGCCGCCCUCGCUCAUGCCGGUGCCAGAAGUCUCCGCUCCGCUGCCCAUCAAAACCCCAUCGGGCACCAAGAAGAAGAAGGGCCGGGGGCGGGCCCGGUAGCGGAGGCAGCAGUGAGAUCCUUGGACCGUCCGCCUUGGCAGGGCGGAGCGCUCUGGUUGCCCAGGUGGACGGGGGCUCAGAGGUGGAGAGAGCUGUGCCACAGCAACGUCAAGCCCUGUUUGGGGAGCACCUUUUCUCCCCUGCUGCAAGGGGCCACCUUCCCUCCCAGCUGCAAAGGGUGGUGUGGUGUUGGUGCUUUUCCGUCAUAGGGAAUGAUCCCUACGUGAGGUGCUUACUUUUGAAAUAUAUAGUGAAACGUGGUGGGAACGGAGGGAAGUUGAGACACACAAAGGAUCAGUCAGAAGGCGCCUCCCUCGGGGCUGAGUACGCUGCCAUCUUACUGGCGGUGCAUUUUGCGUGAGUGUGAACUGGGGGUAGGGAGGACUUUGCUGUUAGGACAUGCAGUCUGGCUCUCCUUGCUGCUGCCAGACCUGUGGCAAUUAAAGCUUUAGGACUUGUAAAGCAAGGGGCGCAACUUUGACCAGGCGGAAAGGAUUGAGCAAAUCCUACUGGGUGGAGUUGCACCCUCUCGCGAGAAACGUCUGCACCCGUCUACUUUCCCCAGUGUGCACCAAGUGCCAAAAACUGAUGCUGCUCCCUAAGUGGCCGUGGUCAGGUCAGUCUUUCCCCCGGGCUACUACCUAUCUAGCAGUGCCUCUUUCUGUACCCUUGACUGUGAGUGAAUCCUAGCGGUCUAGUUGCCGCCCAGACGAUGGGCUGGUAAGUGGCAAGGAUUUAACAGCUUGUUUCUGAGGAUUGCUGCCACGAUGCCCAUGAAGCUUGGCCUUUGCCAAGUAGUACAGUUAUGGUUGGAGAGAGCCAUGCUGUGCUUCAGUCCACGAGGAGAACGCUAAGGUGUCUCUUAUCUCCCCUCUACUUUAUUUGUCAUAGGAAACUUUCAAAACAAAAUAGAAACUCAGGCUGCAUUUUUGGCGGGGCAGGCGAUUGAGCAAGCUAGGUACAAACGGGAAGGGGUCAAUAGGCAACACAGGGCAAAAGCAGCUUCUGCUAUGUCCAUGGGAUGGGGCGGUGAACUGCCUUCAGUCUGUAGCUGUCUUUGCAGCGAGUGCUUCAGUGC